UACUAUCAAAGCUUUCCUACAAUUUAAUUAAAUCAAAAUAUCUCAAGGUUAUUUUAAAAUAUAAUCAAAUCCAAAAAAAGUAAAAGAAAAUUCCAGGAUGGAUAACUAAAUGUUUCAUAUUAUUUGAUAAAGAAUUCAGAAAAACUACAUUAUAUAAAAGAAUUACCAAAUCGAGGAAAGUACUUAGUUGAUAGAACAACUUCACACUGGAAAGAAAUUAAAAUGAAACUUUCAAUAAUCAUUUUGGCCUGCUUAGCCCUUGUGGCUGCGGAACCUCUUUUGAAGCGUGAUGGAAUUAAGGCAGACAAGGAUUUUUUGCUCAAACAAAAAUUCUUUUUGGAAAUUUUGCAUGACAUCCAUGAACCACUCCAAUUUCCAGAGUACUUGAAAGCGUCAGAAACAUUUGUUGAAGAUAAAACAUUUUACUUGAACUGGGAAUAUGUUAAGGACUUCUUUAUUUAUUGGGAUCAUCAAAACUUCUUACCAAGAGGUCAUGUGUUCUCAAUUUACAAUGAAGAACAUCUUGAACAAGUUAUGUAUCUAUUCAACUUCUUCUACUAUGCUAAAGAUUGGACCACUUUCUACAAAAAUGUCUGUUGGGCUCGUGUACAUAUGAAUGAAGGAAUGUUCAUUUAUGCCUUAACAAUGACUGUUUUACAUCAUAAAGACUAUACUGGAAUUGUUCUUCCAGCCCCAUAUGAAAUUUGCCCAUAUAUGUUCUUUGACUCAAGGGUUAUCAAUGACGCAUAUGAGUUCAAGAUGAAUUAUCUUCAAGAUAAAACUGUACUGAAAAAAGAAUAUCCAAUUAAAUGGUGGGAAGAUAAAUAUUACUACAAUCACGAUAUUGAAAAAGACAAUGAAUUUUUCAAAGGAUAUGAUAUGUGGUACGUUUGGGCCAACUAUACUCAAGACUAUUAUUAUUCACAUGAAGAGUCAUCUUUGUCCUACUUCAGAGAAGAUCUUGGAUGGAACUCGUACUAUUAUUAUUAUCAUAUGGAUUAUCCAUUCUGGAUGGACGGUGAAGAGUUUGGUUUGUCAAAGGACCAUCGAGGUGAACUUUUCUUACAUAUGCAUCAACAAAUCUUAGCUCGUUACUAUAUGGAACGUUUAUCACAAAGAUUAGAUGAAAUCCCAGAAUUUUCAUAUGUUAAACCAAUAGAAUAUGGCUACAACCCACAUAUGAUGUACUACAAUGGUCAAGGAUUUACAGUACGUAAGAAUUAUUAUGAGGUAUACAACACUGAGGAAUUCCAUGAUAUUCAAUUAGUUUUGGAUUAUGAGCGUCGUUUCCGUGAUAUUGUUGAUCGCGGUUUCUAUGUAACAUUUGAAGGCAAGAAAAUUGAUUUAAGAACUCCAGAAGGUGUAGAAUAUCUUGGUAGUUUGAUGGAGCAUAACGAAGACAGUGUUGAUAAACGUUUCUUUGGAUACUGGAGAUUGUUAUCUCACUCACUUUUAGGAGGUUCUUAUGGAAUUUAUUUCAACAACGACAAAUGGGUUAUCCCAAGUGUUAUGGAACAUUUUGAAACUGCAAUGCGUGAUCCCGUUUUCUACAUGCUUUACAAACGUUUAAUCAACAUUUACAUCAAGUAUCAACAUUUCUUACCACAUUACCAAUACAACGAACUCUUGUUUAAUGGAGUUGAAAUCACAGAUGUUCAAGUUGACAAAAUUGAAACUUUCUUCGACUAUUUUGAUGCUGAUUUAACAACUUUAAUGGGAUACAAUUGGAUGUUUAAUGAACCUAAUGUUUUAUUCAAAGCUCGUCAGUGGCGUCUUAAUUAUAAACCAUUCAAUAUGAACAUUGAAAUCAAAUCAGAUAAAGCACAAAAAGUAAUUAUGAAAGUUUUCUUAGGACCAAAAUAUGACCAAUAUGGAAAACUUUAUACUCUUGAAGAAAACCGUGAAAACUUCUACCAAAUUGAUCAAUUUGUAUAUGAUCUCCCAGCUGGAAAAUCAGUUAUUAAACAUUCAUCAGAAGAUUUUUACUGGAACGUAAAAGAUCGCACAACUUGGACUGAAUUAUAUAAACGUGUUAUGUUAGCUAUUGACGGUAAAAUGGACUUUACUUUAGAUAUGACUGAAGCUCACUGUGGAUUCCCAGAACGCUUAUUAAUUCCAAGAGGUUGGGUUAAGGGUAUGCCAGUUCAAAUGUUCUUCAUGGUUCUUCCAUACCAAGAUGUCAAACAUUAUGAAGGUUACAAUGAAAAGAUCUCAUGUGGAGUUGGAUCAGGCUAUAGAUAUAUGGACAAUUAUCCAUUUGCUUAUCCAUUUGACCGUGAAAUCGUUGAUUUUGAAACUUUCUAUGUGCCAAAUAUGCAUUUCGAAGAUGUGAAAGUUUAUCAUUUAGAUAAUUACCAUAAUUUCUUUGUUAAUUAUUAA